GGGGGCGUGGGGUAGACGACAAGUGAAACGGCUCGAUUUGUGCAGGUGGAGAGAGUUGCUUUGUGAGGACAACUGCCACCCAAUACCAGAGAGGCAGCACCCCCUUUUCCUUCUUCUUAUUCUUUUGGCCUUCCUUUCCCAACCGUCUCUUUCCUUCUUUCUUUUUUCUCUCUAUUUAUUUAUUUUUUCCUCCAAUACCCAACAAAAAGCUCAUAUUUUUGGAAAUUCUUAGGCGUCUUUGAUCUGUUGAUUCACUUCUCCCCGAGUGACACGGAAGCUUCAGGUUGCCUGAUUAGUGAUUAACCAGAAGGGGAUCGGGGGAAGCAAACAAAUCUGGGUAAAGUUUCGAUUUUGACAUCGGGUUUCUGGAAGCCCGAUCGAUCUGCCGCGUUCGGAACUCCCGUGGGUCGUGGAGGCAUUGAAAGGGAGAGGAUACAGAAUGUGGUGGAUGAUGGCUGAGGGAGGGGGCCAUUACUGCUCUAAGAAGACUGAUGAUAUCUGCGGCAAUGUUUGCGGCCAGGAAUCAGGCAGAAUGUUGAGCAUGUCAAGAGUUCGCUGCAUUCUACGUGGAUUUGACUUCAAAGUUCUCCUCAUUCUGUUUACACUUGUUCCGAUGUGUGUCUUUGGCAUUUACGUGCAUGGACAGAAGAUCUCAUACUUCUUGCGGCCGCUAUGGGAAUCGCCACCUAAACCUUUCCAUGAUAUUCCACACUAUUAUCACGAGAAUGUGUCCAUGGAGAACCUCUGCAAACUUCAUGGUUGGGGGAUCCGUGAGUACCCUAGGCGUGUUUUUGAUGCUGUGUUGUUCAGUAAUGAGAUGGACAUCCUUACCAUAAGAUGGAAAGAGUUGUAUCCCUACAUAACGCAGUUUGUUCUCCUUGAAUCAAAUUCAACAUUUACUGGAUUUCCAAAGCCUCUGUUCUUCUCCCGUUAUCGCGAGCAGUUCAAGUUUGUGGAGCCCCGAUUAACUUAUGGGACUGUUGGAGGAAGAUUCAAGAGAGGGGAAAAUCCAUUUGUUGAGGAGGCAUAUCAACGAGUAGCACUGGACCAGCUUCUCAAAAUAGCUGGUAUUACUGAGGACGACUUGUUGAUAAUGUCUGACGUUGAUGAGAUCCCAAGCAGACACACCAUCAAUCUUCUGAGGUGGUGUGACGAAGUUCCUCAGAUCUUGCAUCUUCAGUUGAAGAACUAUCUCUAUUCCUUUGAGUUUCUGGUGGACAAUAACAGUUGGAGAGCUUCAGUACACAGGUACCGGGAAGGGGAGACGAGAUAUGCACACUAUCGCCAGACAGAUGACAUCUUAGCAGAUGCAGGGUGGCAUUGUAGCUUUUGUUUCCGCUAUAUCAGUGAGUUCAUCUUUAAGAUGAAAGCAUACAGCCAUUACGAUAGAGUCAGGUUUUCAAAGUAUCUAAACCCAGAAAGAGUUCAGAAAGUGAUCUGCAAGGGGUCUGAUUUAUUUGAUAUGCUUCCCGAAGAGUACACCUUCAAGGAAAUCAUUGGGAAAAUGGGACCUAUUCCUCAUUCCUUCUCUGGUGUCCAUCUUCCAUCCUUUCUGUUGGAGAAUGCAGAGAAGUACAAAUUUCUUUUGCCUGGGAAUUGCAGAAGAGAGAGUGGCUGACCUUUAUUUCAGCAAGGUUUGAUGUCUGUUUCUGUAAAGAUAGUUGACCAUGCAGCUUCUGUGACUACUCAAGAAGGGUUCGACUGAACAACGAUGACUGGUGUGUCGCUGACAUAGCUGUGCCUCAUGCUCGGUUAAAUUUACAUUAUUCUUUGGAAAUGUUUGGGGGCUGGACAGACUUAUGAGUUCUUAGGGUAAUGUUUUUGUACAUAACUUUUACUGGAGUGGGGUUUAGUAUAAGCGGAGCAUGUCUAUCUAGUAUCUACUUAGAGGGGGCCUACCUGUGCUGGGAACAGUGUCACAACGUACUGGCGUAUCGCGUGAUUCCCGGGAUACCCUGAAAAGAUAGUACAACAGUCCUGCAUUCCCCUUGCCGGGAAGUUUUGUUUAUGAGACAAAUUAUUCGUUUAUGCGAUGAACUGACUUUGUAUGUGACAUCUGAAUUGCUUUUAGAUCGUUUUAUUGAUCAAAAUGCAUCACUAGAUAGUGACUAUGUGCAAUUUAGGAUGUUCUGUUUUCCUGUCGUGUUCCUUUUGGUUCAAGAUAUUCAUUGGGAAAUAUUUUUGUUUCUCCA